UGAUCGGAGUAGCCAUGGACUGACUAUUCAAGCCCCCUUCAAGCUCAUUUUAAACAUUCACAAGGUAAACCAAUAGCCCGAAAUCACACAAAAAACUUUUCCGUAACACUGGACUCCCCUCUGGAGCUGGGACCACAAAAUUUACCAUCAACGGCGACGGCAUGUCAAAGUCAAUGGAAGGCGGCAAGUCAGGUGCAAUAGAGGGCAGCAAGAAGCGCAAUCCAUAUAUCAUGCCAACUAUCCGACAGCUGGCAUACCUUGAUGAGCUGAAGACGCGCCUGCUCUUAAUGCGCGAGCGACAAGCGAUCUUUAUGGAGCAAACGGCCAAGAUGCUAAACGGAAUCAGUUCCGUCAACAUGGUGGGCAAUUCCGUGCUCAAUGAGCCGGCGGCGGACCAAGCCUUACCAUUGCCGGAAGUGAAUGAGGACGAGGCCGAGGAGUCCAAGAGCAACCCCAACAUCAAGACGCUGAUCCAGCGCUUCGAGGAUCUAUGCCAGACUUCGCAGAAAUUUACCGAUUUGCCAGAUGUUCCCGAAGAGCUCGUCAACGUGGAUGUGCGUCGAAUCCUUAAGGGCUACGAAAAGUUGAUCGAGGAAGAAAACAUCAUUCAGCAGUCUUGGCUUCUUCUCAGGAACUCCACUGAGAGUUGUGUGCGUUUUACCACCAAGGAGCAACCCAUGGAGCAGCCCAACCCAGCCAACUUAACCGAGAUCGAAGAGGAAUCCGAGGUGGCAUCAAAAAGUAGUUUUCAGGUGAUUGUUCCGCAAAUAUUGACUUCAUCGUUGUACCCAAACGUGGCAAAAAGUGAAGACAGUGAGGACAAAGAGGGUUGGAAAGUUUUCGAGCCGAAAAAUGAUUUCAAGGAGAGUUCCACCGCCGUGACCCGUGGCCACAAGCGAUGGGGACCCUUCAUGCGACUCAUGAUUCGACUGCUGAAGCCACUGCAUGGCAGUAAAAAAUGCUCGAAGAAGACGAACCAGAAAUGCACUCACACCUCGACUGCCAAGAAGACCAAAAUGCACAAGUAGAAAUGCAGAUCUAAGCCCAUUCCAUACCGCACUAAUUCCCCUGAAAAUAUCCCAAUAAAACACGCACACACCCAGGCCCCCAUAAAUCAAUGGGCAACACCA